AUGGGUGCUCUCGACGGAUUGAAGAUUGUCGAAUUGUCAAGCGAGGCGACCGCCUUUGCCGGCAAGCUCCUCGCCGACAUGGGUGCCGAUGUCAUCGUGGUCGAACCAGUCGGGGGUAGCUCCCAGCGACGAUUUGGUCCCUUCGCCGAUGAUGUCGCCGAUCCUGAACGCAGUCUUCACUGGUGGCACUACAACACCUCUAAGCGCAGCGUUGUCGUGGACCUCGACGAUCACGUUGGCCGAGACCAGUUUCAAGCGUUGGUGCGCGACGCUGGGAUCCUCAUCGAAGGUGAACCACCCGGAAGGCUCCAGGAUCUCGGCAUUGACUACGACGAGCUACGGCUCGGUCGACGAGAGCUCAUUCAUUGCUCGGUCACACCGUUUGGACGCACCGGACCGCGCCGUGACGAAGUCGCCACCGACCUCACGAUCCUGGCUGGCGGCGGACCGGUCUGGAGCUGUGGCUACGACGACCACAACCUGGCACCGGUCCGAGGCGGAGGAAACCAGGGCUUUCAAACGGGCGGGGUGUGGACGGUCAUCGCGACGUUGGCUGCGGUGCUGCAUCGCAACCACACCGGUGUAGGACAGCACAUCGAUGUCAGCAACCACGCGGCGGUGAACGUAACCACCGAGUUCGCCAGUUACAGCUGGCUCGUCGCAGCGAAGGAGGUGCAACGCCAGACGGGACGCCACGCUGCGCCGCGAACCACGCAACCAACGCAGGUCAUGUGCGCCGACGGCAAGUAUCUGAACACCGGGGUCCCCCCUCGGCGCCCAGCCGAAUUCAAAGUGCUCCGCGAGUGGAUGAUCGACCUGGGCCUCGACGCAGAAUUCCCCAUGAUCGAGCUACUCGAGAUGGCCACGAAAUACGAGCACAUCGGCAUGGCGGAGAUCGAGGAAGACCCCAUGAUCGGCGAAGUAUUCGGCGCUGGUCGCGAGGCGGUCAUGCUGAUCGCGAGUCGCUUGUCUGCCUACGACGCGUUCAUUGGUUUCCAACAGCGAGGCAUCCCAGUCGGAGCGAUCUACGCGCCCGAAGAUGUCAUCCGCGACCCACACUUCGUCGCCCGUGGGUUCGCCGUAGAGGUUGAACAUGAAGAUCUCGGACGGACCUUCACCUACCCGGGCGUGCCGAUCAAGAUGACUCGCUCCCCCGCAUCGCUGUCCAGGCGCGCACCCCACGUCGGCGAACACUCAGACGAGAUUCUGUCGGCGCUGGACUGA